AUGUUUAAUAGUAGAUAAUAAUCAAUAUCACUACUUGAUUUGUUUAUUAAUUUUAAUUAUUCUAAGCAAAAAUUAGAUAGCUGUUUGAAGUUAUUUUGCUUUUGGAAAGUUUCUACAAUAAAAGGAAUCCAUUUAGAAGGUACUAUCCUAUUAUUGAUUUUUAUUAAUUAUUAAUAGAUUUCAGACGCCUUUUAAAAAUUGUUCUCUUCUACAUAUGUUUUAGCAUUUAAGUAGUUGAUUUUAUCUUUCAAUUCAUGUUAUUAAAUUAAUUCCAAAUAUUAAGAAGCUAAGUAUCUUAUUAGCAAUUGCCAUUAAUAGUUAAAGUCUUAUAACUUUUGUAAUUUAACUGCAAUAUAAUUCACUUCAUUUUCUUGUUCUAUAAUUAGAUUGAUUUAUUCCUCAGAAAUAUGGAUUUGA